UUCUCCUCCGCCCUGCCUCGACUCUUUUCUCCCCCAUUUUCCCCUUCCCAACUCCCCCCAAUACACAACCUCUCAACUCAAAACCCCCUCGAGGCCUCGAGCCUUUUUUUUUCUGCCUCGAAACAACUGAAAACGCGGGGGGUUCUCUCGACGUCCCCCCGGCCGCGGCCAACACCACCGCGCGCGGCGACGCGGACCGGCGUGGCCUCGCCGGCCCCGGGCAAUGUCCCGCAGCAGCCGCGGCGGCAGGCAGUCGGCCUCGUCGGCCACCCGGAUGGCGUCCAGGGCCCGACCGGGUUUCCCCGUGGCGCCACCACCACCCAUGGGCCCGCCGCCGCCCCCGCCGAUGCCCCCGGUCCCGGUGAUGUAUCUCCGGGGGGUCCCGCCGCCCCCGCCGUGGCUCCCGCAGCACCUGAUCAUCUGCGGGCUCGAUCCCGCGGCCGCCGAGCGGACUGACGCUUUCCGGAGCAAAUCCCUCCUCAACUUCAUUUCUCGUACGGGGGUUUUGCCCUCGCCGGAGGAGGAGUUGAAGAGGCAAGUGGUGGUGCGGGAGCUCGAUAAGAUAGUGAUGGGUUGGGCGAAGAGGGUGGCGUACGACCAGAGGGAACAAUAUUGGAACACAACAGCUACGGUGUUGACCUUUGGGUCGUAUGCUUUGGGGGCAUAUGGACCUGAAUCUGAUAUAGACGCAGUCUGUGUUGGCCCUUGUAUUGCAUCGUUACAGCACCAUUUUUUCAUUGUCUUGCGACAAAUGCUUGAAGAGAGGCCAGAAGUAUCAGACCUGCAUUCUAUUGAAAAUGCUAAGGUUCCAUUGAUGCGCUUUAAAUUUAACGGGAUGUUAGUUGAUUUCCCAUAUGUCCAAUUGCCAGUUAUCAAUGCUGCAGAGGCAAUACAUGCAUUUGACCCUCGCUUGCUAGCGGCGGUUAAUGAACCAAGCUGGAGAUGUCUAUCUGGAGUUCGUGUUAAUAGACAAAUCAUGCAAUUGCUUCCAAAUAUAAAGAAGUUUCAAAUUCUUUUGCGGUGCCUUAAACUAUGGGCGAGAAAAAGAGGGCUUCAUUGCCAUCUACUUGGCUUCUUUGCUGGGAUCCAUUUGGCGAUUCUUGCAGCAUUUGUUUGUAUCAUGCAUCCACAUGCUACUCUCAGCUCUUUGUUCAACUCAUUCUUUGAUAUAUUUUCUCACUGGCAUUGGCCUCUUCCAGUGAGUUUACUUGAUCAGCCAACUCCUUGGAGACCUCAUUGCUGCUCUUUCAUGCCCAUAGUGAUGCCCUGUUCUCCACCAGAAUUUUGUGCCUCUAGUAUAACAAGAAGUACCUUUAACAAAAUCAAAGAAGAACUUCAGCGUGGUUUUGCUUUGACCAAGGGUGAUAGGAAUGGUGAUAUUAAUUGGACUGAGCUUUUUGCACCUUUUCCGUAUACUGUGAGAUACAAACAUUUUCUCCGUAUAGUUCUUUCUGCUCCAGUGGCUGAAGAAUUACGUGAUUGGGUUGGAUGGGUGAAAUCACGAUUUCGCAACCUUCUUCUCAAGUUAGAAAGCAUUGGUGUUGAUUGUGAUCCAGAUCCCUCAGAACAAGCCGAUCAUAGCAUGAUUGAGCCUAAUGUCGUAUUUUUCUGGGGUCUCAUGUAUAGAACGAGUACAAACAUCUGCAUCGACUCUGUGAAAGAAGACUUCAUGAAGAGUGUCACCAACGACAUCUAUGGAAAGGAGAAGUGCACCCAUUCAGACAUAACGAUGUCCAUUGUCUGGCCAACCCAUUUGCCCAAAUGUGUGUAUGCUCACUCAGUUUACUCACAGAAUCGACAGAAUCCGCGGCAAUUUAUGAUGGGCAACCAACUGAUGAAUCAGGACUGCAAUGCAGUGCGUUAGGACUCCAUUAUUAUCUGAAAUUUGUUCGGCAUCUGCGGAUACCUGUUUGAGAAUAGUUAGAGAUCUGAUACUCAGGCUGUUGAGUACGCUAACAUCAUCAGAUACUCCGAAUCUCUUCUGUUUUUUGGACCGAGGCUUGGGAUGCUUCUGUCACAAGGACUAUGGAGGGUUUUUUUUCUUUGUUGGAGCUGGCCGGCGAGAGCUGGGUUUUUCGUGUCGAGCUUCUAGGGCAAAGUAAGCUCAAUCGAGCUACUUAUUGCUGUUCUGAGUUUUGUGCAGGUACAUGUAUAUUCAUGUACACAGCAUAGGGGGAUUGGUAUACAUGUAACAGAGGUAUAGCGCAUAAAAAGUUUUAUAAACUGUAGGUCCAAUGUCUGUCCCAGCAGCAAAAUUGUGUAAAUCGCCACCUGUGGUUAGAACUGUUGUUGGGUCCAGAUUCAGAGGUCGAUAUGAUAGUGUUUACUGUUUAGGAUGGAUGUCAGUCAUUCUUACUGUUGUAGGCUGCAAAACUGUUGCAUGUACUGCCGAAAAAUUCUUAUGUGGCAAGUCAUCCAGAGAAAGAAAAAAACAUUGCCAUUGUGUACUCAACAUUGUCAUGCAUUCUCUCGGGCUCUGUUCAACAUAGUUUUGAGUUAUAUC